AUGGAAAUGCAGAUGGCCUCCGAUUGCAUACGGGGCAGCUGCAUAAUGUUCGAAUGUCGGCACGCGGCUGGGGGGAGCGCCUCGGUUAGUGAACUGUCUCUCGUAGCGGAAGCAACAGCUCCGAAUCCGUUCCUGAAUCCUCCGAAGAGCUACUCCGGCAGCGACCGUGAACGAUUCCGAGUUCUCGGUACGAUCUCAGCGGGGGCUCUGGGAAAGACGAGUAAUAUCGACUACCCUCGGAUUCCUUGUGUCACGAAAUCAUUCCGUUCAGACAAUCAGAGUCGGAGAACUGCCGCGAACAGCUCGUCCGUGAGUAAACGCUACGAGCAGAGAUGUUCGUCUCUGGUGCUGCAAUGGAGUCGACAGCAUCAGCAACAGAACUUCCAGGGGAGGAAUUGUGACAGAGAAAGGCUGAGCGACGUAGUCCUACCCGAGGCAGUCGUCACGGACGAGUUGUCGUCGGUGAUUAUCGCGCAGUUUCUGGAUCCCUCCAUCGAACGCGGGUCGCCGAGCGAUCUGUUCACGGAUUUCGAAGUCUUGGAUAUAUCAGCCGUGAGCGAGCCGCCGAAUUCCGUGAAGGUGUGUUUCGCCGGGAGGGAAUCCGUACGGAAACUCUUGAAGCACUGCACAUACGACAAAGACAAUGGCUACGUCUACGCUCAUAAGAAGAAUGGACGGAACGUGAUCAUCAAGGUUUCUCCGUAUUGGUCGAAACUGGGUGUCUACAAACGCUAUGAGUGGUUCAACGAAGCGCAGAUUUUCGAGCCCGUCUGUCACGUUAGGGGCAUCGUUUCCGCAAUCACGGCCGAGCAGCUUGCCGCACCUUUCGAGCUUCUUUUCGGGCCCGUGCUCCUCGCGAAAAUCUUCCUCGACGGGAGAGGCUUCCCGACCGAAUGGGGCUACGUCAUAUUUCGAGAAAGACUCCACUACGAGGCGGCAUUGCGCACUGGGCUCAUUGCGGUCAAGUCUCAAAACCUACAAUUGAGCCUCGAGGCAGUUCCGUCGUUUGAGAAAGAGCCGUGUACCUACUGCUUUGCUCGGGACGGUGUGAUAUUCUGCCGUCACACUCACUGCUUCACAUUUUAUUGUUACUCUUGCUUUGUAAAAGUUCACGACAUGGGCUCUUUGAUGCAGCAGCUCGACGAUCCCUUGUUCGCCGCCUCCGACGGAGUAAUGCAUAGGGUCUAUGUCUGCAAGGACGAGGACGAAGCAGACGAGGGAAUAGGGUCAUUAGUCGAGUAA